GCAACCGUUGCGCAGACAAAAUCAUGUAGAGGAUAUCCUUCUGUUUGACUUAGAAGCCCCACAACCUGGAAUGGAAUGCAGAGACACGUUACCAAAUCAGCGAAAGCCAGAUUGACCACCAGUAUGUUCGUGAUCGUACGAAGUUUCUUGGCGACGACGACGGCGAUGAUGACGAGGAUAUUACCCAACAGACCGAUCAGUGUCAAUCCAAUCAAGACUGAUGCAACAAUAGCUCGAUGAUGGAAAGAACAAUGACAGCGAAAGGUCCUCUGGAAGACCUCUUGGAAGUUAGGAUGCUUGAGUCCGUAGAUGAUCGGAUUGACUACGCUAUUUGCCGAUAAUAACAUGAUACUGUAGAAUGUGAACACGCUAGUGCCGGGGAUGAGUAGAUAUAUACUGGUUGCUAGGAAACAGAACACAAAGACACAUACGACCAUAAAGAGAUUCUUAGUGAUCUGGAUUUCCUUUCGCUUAAUAGAUUGGAUCAUGGGUGGACACGAUUCUCGAGAUACAGAUGAAUCCUUGCUCUGUGCUGCAUGUGAACUGUUCUCUUCCUUGAUGUCAUACUUGUCUCGAAAGUGUUUAUUGUGUUGCAAAACAUGGAGCCAGAUAAGAAUGUAAAACAUUAUGGUUAACGUCAAGUUAACGGCAACUACAGUUCCUUGUAUAGUGACAUAAUAAUAGUCAAGCGGGUUUGUGUCUGUUGUACAACAUAGGCUGUAGUAUUGAGAAUAGCCAAGUGUCCCGAUUCCCAGAACAGGAGGUACGACCAUCAACGCCACAGACACUAUCCAGAUGAUCACCACUAAUGUAGCGAUUUUCUUUGGAGAGUGGAAGCCCCGUUGACCACGGACGAACUUCGUGAUGACAUACCAGCGCACGAUGGAGAUGAGGGCUAGAGUCGAGGAGCUACAGCAAAUACAAGUGAUGAAGACCCCUGCAACCGUUGCGCAGACAAAAUCACGUAGAGGAUAUCCUUCUGCUUGACUUAGAAGACCCACCACCUGGAAUGGAAUGCAGAGACACGUUACUAAAUCAGCGAAAGCCAGAUUGACCAACAGUAUGUUAGUGAUCGUACGAAGUUUCUUGGUGACGACGACGGCGAUGAUGACGAGGGUAUUACCGAACAGACCGAUCAAUGUCAAUCCAAUCAAGACUGAUGCAACAAUAGCUCGAUGAUGGAAAGGGUAGGAGCAAUGAGAAGGAGAAUACGGAGAGUACCUCGCAGCUUCCCAACACCUCACUUAAUCUAACUUACUACCGGUAGGUGGGAAAGAGAGAGAGAGAGAGAGACCAAGAUGGAGGAAGAUACCCCCCUCAUCACUACCGUGGUUACCCCCAAGAGGCUCCCGUUCUCCCAGCGUCUUUCCUACGGUGUCGGCCAUGUACUGAACGACCUCUGUGCUUCAAUGUGGUUCAGCUACUUGCUUGUCUACUUUCACAAAGUUCUUGGCUUUUCGAAUUCAAUGGCUGGUGCUCUUCUGUUGCUAGGUCAGAUAAGUGAUGGUUUAUGCACCCCUCUGAUUGGCUACGAGUCUGAUCAUACAAAGACUGGAAUCUGUAACUAUGGACGUAGGAAGUCUUGGCAUUUGAUUGGUACCCUGAGUGUGAUAUGUAGCUUUACCUUUAUCUACCAGCCUGUAUUCGGUGGAGAGCAUGCAGAAGACUGGGCAAGAUUCAUCUACUAUGCCCCCUUUGUCGUGAUCUUCCAGUUCGGCUGGGCCGCCACCCAGAUCUCUCACCUCUCUCUCAUACCAGAGAUCACCUCAGAGGAUGGGGAGAGGGUGGAGCUUAAUGCUAUUCGAUAUGCUUUCACAGUGAUGUCCAGUAUUCUAGUUUACCUGGUCACCUACCUCCUUCUUCAGUUAGAUGACCAAGAUGAUAUGAGUGCCCCUACAUCUACCCUAGAUCCAGAUGAUAUUCCGAAGUUUAGAUACCUGGUCAUCAUCGUUGUUUCCGUGGGGACCAUCUUCUCCAUCAUCUUCCAUCUUGGAACCAAAGAACCCAAGGGCGGGAGGAGGUAUUCUCAGGAGGAGGAUGAGGGGGGUCAUUACGGGAGCACCCAGGCGACAAACCAACCACAAGUCAUGAUGAAAUGGAGUGACUGGCUUAAAGAAUCUCAGUUUUAUCAGGUGACGGCUCUGUAUAUGUUUACUAGGUUGAUGGUUAAUAUAGCUCAGAUAUACAUACCUAUGUAUGUCACAGACACACUCAACUUAAAUAAGAACAGUGUAGCAUUAGUCCCACUAGUGGUCUAUAUAAGUGGGUUCUUAUCAACUCUGGUAGCCAAGCCAAUCAACAAGAAAGCUGGAAGAAAGAUGACGUAUUUGAUAGGAGCAGUGGUUUACAUCGGUAGCUGUGUUUGGAUGGCUAUACCCAACAUCGGUCUUCAGGUGUACGGGGCAGCCAUCUUGCUGGGGGCUGGUGGGUCCACAGUAUUAGUAACGUCUCUCGCUUUCACUGCUGAUCUGAUUGGUCGAAACACAGAAAGUGGAGCCUUUGUGUAUGGCGCAAUGAGCUUCACAGACAAGAUAUCCAAUGGGAUUGCUGUUGAAGUCAUACAACUCAUGCAGCCGUGUGUGUCUACUGUCUAUCCAGUCGAGAGACACUGCUGCCCAGGCUGUAAGGCUUACUACAAAGAGGUCAUGACCUAUGUGACCGGGGGGUCAGCCAUAUGCGCCAUUAUUGUUCUUGCCACUCUCAUCCCUGUCACGAUAGGAAAGAGAAGAAAAAAAGUUGCAAACUCCUGUAAAACUGAUGACCGACCGAGCUUGAAGCCUGAACCAUCAAGGCCUGUCUCCUCUGAUUUCUUCUCUGACUCUGCAAGAAGUCACGACGAGGACCCAGCUGGGGAUAAUGGCUACUUGCCUCAAUCAGACUGUGGGGAUGUACAUGCUGGCUUGGACAGACAAGCCGCCAGAAUCUGUGGAAAACAAGUGGACCAAGAAGACAGCCUUGAGGAACACCAUUGGAGACCUAAAGUGGAAUUGAACAAUUGCGCUAAAGCACAAUCUCAGGAAGAUUUAAAUCAAGGACACGGAGUAGAGAAUAACGCUGAUCCUGUCUUGAGUGAGGGAGAAAAUUAUAGUCAACAUGAAAUCAGAACUUGAAAUAAAAUGCAAUGGAUUUCAAUCUUUUCAAAUUAAAACGAGAAACAUUAUAUAUUUGUAUUAAGUAGAGAAUAUGUAUAUCUAAGACUUUAUUCAGAAAGUGUGGAAGUAUUUAAGAAAAUUGUUGCAUAUAUUUGUGUACUAAUGCUCAAGUCUUCCUUCUAAUCUGAUACAGAAUACUUGCCUCUAUUUAAGGUCUGCUAGCACCUACAUGGAUUUGAUGGUACUAACAUGACCAGCGUAGUACUUUUAGAAUAAAUAAAUGUAUUAUGGAUUAUUAAAUAUCAGAGUAUCAAAGAUCUGUGAAGACUCAUUCACAUAUGAUGUGGUAAACUACUUAUUUUUGUACUUUAAAUCAUUGUAUGAAUUUUAUUUUACAUGUAAAUGAAUAUCAUAAGUAAGUAUAAGUAAUUAGAUAACUUAUUGUCCAAACAUGUAUCUGGAAAUUCGAAUUCCAUAGGUUGGUAUAAGUAAUACAAUAUGAAUAUACAUAUAAUGAGACAAAAUACAUAUAUAACAUAAAACAAAAUUGAGUUAUUUUCAUCAUUCUUAUAAUCAAUUCUAUCAGAAAGGUUAUGAACAAUAUGACUUUUAUUGUUUUUAUUAUUAUUAUCAUCAUUAUUAUAAUAAUUUAUAUUGUUUAUGUUGGUUGCAACAUUUGACAUGCAGUGCCAUUUAUAUAGCUACAUCAUCAAUCAAGUACAUUUUGGCUUAGUUGAUAAUUUAGAUACAAGUCAUAUUCAAUUUUCUUUGUUCUUUGUUGUAGAGCAACUCAUGGAUAUGUAUUCAGAGAUUUUAUUUAUGCAAAAGGAUCUUUUCACAAAUAUGAUGUUGAAUUCAUUUACAUUCCAUGUUAGGAUCAUGAAAGAAAACGGCCUUAAGAAUAUAUCAAUUCAUAUUCAUUCCUUUGAAAUAUUUUGUAUGUAAGUACAAAGUCAUCAAGUCUGCAAUGCUACUUAGCAAAUGUUAUAUGACGAGAUCUACUUUUUAUACAAUGUGAGUUUCGAUUCAAUAUGCACAAACUUGCUUCUUUCCAAGAAUGGAAUAAAUGUCUCCAUUCUCCAGA